UAAAAUAUGUAUUGACUUUUCUUUUAGCUUUUUCACUUUUUUUUUUCCUUUUCCUUUUCCCUAUUCUUUUCCCCUCUUUCUGCUUUCCCUUUGCUCUCUUCUUUAUCCCUGAACAUCUCCUCUAUUCUAUUCUCUUGUUCAUAACAAUUAUCCCUUCUCUCUUCAUCUCUUCUCUCUUUUUAAAUAAGAUCUCUUGAUUAUGUAAAACAUUUUAUGUCUCAUAGUCGGGACAUUGCUGGGACUGAGGAUUCCCUUUCAACAUCCUGUGAUGAGAAGAAAAGGCCGGGGUUGUUGUGCCAAAAAGACGAAAAUAAACAGGACCAAAUUAAGGAAAUUUAGGAAGCGUGGCUACUAGAUCUAUGGUUGGUCGCAUGAGUAUAGAUCUAUGGUUGAUCGAAUGCCAUAGUUAUGGUUAGAACCUGUACAAAAUUCUUUAAGGUCAGCAUGCCUAAACUGAGCUCCCUGAUAGCCUUCAAUGCACUCUGUUUUUACCAUUUUCCUUUUUCGAGUUCACUUGGUGUUCUUAUCUCUUUCUUAAAAUACAAUCUUGUCUACAAUCCUCAGUUUCUAACUUCACUAUAUCGAAAGGAUCACGCCAAAGGAUCUGUUGUCCUUUACACAACGUGAGCAGCAUGCGGUUGAAUCCUCAGAAUACUGCUUCUUUAUAGCAUAGGUUUCCCCAAGUUGAUGCGACAAGUUGCAUUAGCAAGAUCUGUGAUGGGAACAUCAGAACCUGGACUAUCAAUUUUUUGUUGAUUUUGUGACAGAGGUGACUAAUGAAGUUUCUUGAGGAUUUAGAGUGGGAAAGAGCUCGGAAGGCUUUCUCAUUGCCCUUUGUAUUUGGGUCCGAAUAUAAGGUAAACUGGAGGUGGAAGCCUUUCAGGUCCUUGGAUUGCUGGUGGUAUCAUUCAGAGUUUAGAAGAAGCUUAGCUGAGAGCAUGUGGGUGGAGGUCUCUUCUGUGGAGCCACGUCGUUUUAGGACCAUAAAGAGGCUGAGGCUACUAAAGAAAAACUCAAGGAUUGGAUUCGUAUUUUUGGAUAAGCAACUGAGAGAGGCAAAAUUGCUCAUCAGUGAUAUGGACCACGUGGCUGAAACUAGAGCAGUUUCGGACAUGGCGUUUAAGAGUGUGUUUGGUAUUGCGGUAGCGAUUGUGGUUGUGGUUUAAAAAAAGUUGUUUUAUAAAAAAUAUUUUUAG